AUGCAAAAAGUUCGGGGUCGGAUUUUAAAAAAAAACAUCAAUAGAAUAUCUAAAAGGUAAAAUCUAAAAUCAGACCCAUCUUGUUUCAUCAUCUAGUCGAGGUCUCAUUUAUGGACGUUCAGCGUUAGUGAGGCUAUAGACACCACUCAAAUGGCCCCCAGCGUUAUGACUUCCAACAGAUUGUCGACUAGUCAAUUCUGUAUUAUAAAGGUCGGUCGCUGGUACACUGGCUAAGACCUUUCGUCCUCAUUCAGCAUCAGCAUCAGCAUCAGCAUCAACAUCAUCUUUUGUCUUCUACGAGUUUCCUAUUGUCGUCUCGCUUUAGAUUUCAAUUCUCAGCGCCUGACACCAUUCGUUUUCGUGUCAAGUAUCCUCAACCUUUCCUGCCGGCUGGCCUGCAAGUUUCUUCUACAUCUAAUACUUAAUCAACUCAUCAAUUGUUUCAGACCCUGUUCACUACUGAGUAGUAUUAACCCUCCAUUAAACCGACCUUUUAGAAUGCCAAAGGAAUUACGUUCAUCUACCAUGGAUUACUAUCGAUCACCUCCUCUCACCUCUAACACCAUCAUCUACCCACCAAUCAAUUCUCGUCCAAUGCCUGCUGCACCUUACUAUGAACCACUUCAACAUAGUUACCAUAACAUGUCCAACUAUGCAACAGGAGGUCCUGUACAACAACCUCCUGUACCACUUCCGACUCAACAUUAUGUCCAGAGUACUCCAAUGCCACCUUCUAUUCGACCUUCAUCUGGAGCAUGGACACCCAUUGAUGAUCGAACUUUGAUACAAGCACGGAAGCAAGGAUUGAACUGGCAACCUAUUCAAGCAACUUACUUUCCAACCAAAUCAGCCAACGCUUGUCGAAAACGUCAUGAACGUUUAAUGGAACGCAAGUCUAGUGAUGAUUGGGAUAAUGUCAAAUCUGAGACCCUUGCGAAGCAUUAUAUGGAUAUGCGUAAAGAAAUUUGGUCAGGUUUGGCUGCCGCUACUGGGGAGAAAUGGACUGUUGUAGAGCAAAAGGUAUGUACCUCACGUAUUUACCUAAUAUUUAAACUAACAUGAAAAAGUGUAUGUCAACUGGUCUUAAGAACAUGCAAACAUCAGCAAGAGCUUAUGCUCGUCGCGAACGUAUGAUGGAAGCCGGAGGACAAGCUGGAAAUGGAACGUAUUCCGACCAUACCGAUUAUGAAGUUCAAGAAGAUAGUGGCAUUGGCAUUAACCUCGACGGCGAUUAUGAUCGUGAUAAUGGUUCUGAAGUCUCUACUAAUGACCCACUUAAUCAUAAUCAACAACACUAUUCAUAUGCACCACAAGUUCUUUCAGAUGGCCGAUCAGAUGGAUAUCCCCAGACGGACCGUAACGAUGGAUACUCACAAGCGGAUCGCAAUGACGGUUACCCACAAACAGACCGAAGUCCAUAUCAUCAAGAUAACAGAACUUCGUUUCAUUCUCGUUUACCUUCAAUGGAUAUGGGCAUUGAUGCUAUCAUUAAUCAACCAUCCGGCCUCUAAUCGUUCAUCUUUAUCCUAGAAAUUUGUUUGAUCGUUUCUAUAAUCCGCGGAAGAACGAGGAUACUGUCUAUUAUCAAGGAUUCUGGAGCAUACAAUUUCAUAACCAAAUUUUGGGAAAUGAUACCAGGCGUAAUGGUUUAUUUUGCUAUGGGAAAGAGCAGGUUAGGAAGUUCUGGCGUUGAAGAAGGUGGGAACGGUUUCCAACUACACUGUUCUUUUACGAGUGUUUACACAAUCAUUUCAAAGCUCGGGUGGAUUUCUUUUGUUGGUGUUGGAGAGAUGAAUAUGACUUUUACGUAUCUAGGUAUUCUUACUCAUCUUAUUUAUCAUGUUAACAUCUUUGGGGUUGGAGUAUUAGGAAGGAUUGCAUGCUGGAGAUCCGAAUGGGCGGGUUUGCUGGAAUCCAAUCGGAUCCUGUAUUAUUAGAUACAGAUUAAUGUUAUAUAGGUAUGGGAAGUAAUAGAUUAAGACGUCUAAAUAUAUUAAAUAAAAAUAC